AAGAGUUCAAAAUAUUUUGCUCGAAAUACAUUCCGCAAGCUACAUGGGCGACAGCGUUUGGACAACACGAGGUUUCCAUCAUGGAUGAAAGGCUCCACUCGAUCGAUGCAACUCUGCGGCGCGUUUGCCGCCGCUUGGACGCACUGGAGGAGGAAGUUCAGUCGCUGCCUCUCAAGUUCACGAAGUGCUAUCAAGAGGAUACGUCGGAGCUUCGACUUGCAAUGAAGGCGUUGACCUCUGCGUUGACGUCAAGCGCCAAAACGUUGUACCAGCCGCAGCAACCGCUGCAGGAAGCUAUUUCCAUUGCCACGGCCAAGGUGGUGGAGCCGAAUCUGACCCCGCGCAACGCUUCACCCACACGACAGACUCCUCUCUCGCCAUCGUCAACGACUGCAGAUGAAGAACCUGAAUGGAUUUUCCCCGCCGUGUCGUGUGGGGAGCUGUGGAGCCGCUGGUUCCACGGCGACUCGCGUGUUGGCCCGUACCAUUCGUUGAAAAGGUCGCGUUUACAUCAACAGUCACAAGGACGCUUUGAUAAGGCCAAGGUUUUUAUGGAUUCGCUCGUGCAAGCAUCCAUCGACCUCGAUCUGGUGGUGUCCGAGGCAGCGCUGCGGUCGACCCCCGAACCCGACCAUUGUGCGAUCUUUGACAAAGCGUUUCGCUAUCUCGUGCAAGAAGGUGACGACGGGACCCUCGGCCGACCUGGGUUUGAGACCCUCACGUACAGCCAAGUGCUCCAGCUCGACUUUCUCGUCGUCGGCAACUUGUUGCGGUGUCACCAACGAGAUUUGAGUAGCCCGACUGUGACGUCGUUCCAAGGAGCUAAGCUGCCGAGCAAGAAGUCCGUCAAGGGAGUCGCUGCGUCCAUGUUAUGUAAACCUAUGACGACCCCCGACCUCCAUGCAAUCGUCGUUCCUCCAGCCUCGACGAUGCCACCGUCGCCUGAGAAAUGUUCGCCCUUCGAGUCUUCAGUUGUUCCGUCUGGUGCGUCCGUGGCGCCACCCCCACGGGAGACUUCCUUCCUGAGUCCGCCCGUCCGCUCUCUGCCAACUUCCGAUCCGACACCGUCGACGGAGACCCCGUGGAAGUACCCUCUCAAGACGUGCCGGGAGCUGUGGCAUAGUUGGUUUCGAGGAGAUGCAUCUGCUCCGACGUCACUUGGGCCGCUCCGCAACGUCAUGUCCGUGAAGUUUCCCGACAAGUUGUCCAAGCACCGGUGUUCCUCGACCAGAUCGAUCAUGACGCGAAUCGAAGCUGCCGCGCUCGAGUUUGUUUCAGCCAACGAGCUGGACGCGAUGGACAUGGAGGCGCUUGACGCCGCAUUUACCAAAGCAGUUGCACGCGCGAUCGGGAUAGACCCCUCGUACAAGGGCACGGUUCGACUCGCCGGACUGACGCAUCUAACCCCCGACGCAGUCUCCGCCAUGUCGUGCUCGUCACUUUGCCGGAGCGCGUCAUUGUCCCGACUGGGCGUUCAAAAGCGUUCCAAGAAGAACCCGAUUCACGACAGUACUGGGGACGACUUUACUGUCAACGACUCAAGCGACGACGGCGCCCACGACAAGGCGGAAUCGGCGCAUCCUGCGGCUCCACCACCGUGGCGGUUCCCGACGCUCACGCUGCGCGAGAUGUGGCGAUGCUAUUUUCACGGUCCAUUCGACGGCCUCAGCAUCCCGCCGACUGCCGGUCCACUUCGCCACAUCCAGUUGGUCGAGCCGCGGCGGUACUUUUGGGAAUCGAAACGCGUCAUUCACCUCUUCGCAACGUGCGCCGUGGACCAUCACCUCGUCAAGCACGAAGACGACAUCGAGAAGAUGACGGAAGAGGACAGCUUGAGCUUGCUCAUGCGGUCGGCGGCGUUGUUUCUUGGUGAGCAAGCCAAUGGGAUGUUGACGCGCGGUGGGUUUGAAUACCGAUCGCUUGAGCAGGUCUUGGACCUGAAAUGCCGCACCGUGGGCCGCCGUCACAAGCUAGGAAAGAAUUCAACUUCCGACGCCGUAGCACCAAUCCAGCCAAAGCUGUUGUCAGAGAUGACGUCCCCCCCGCAAGCGCCUCGUUCGCCGCCAAGACCAGACGUCGCAAGUUCGGGGUCCCCGCCACAUAAGCCAAUGCAGCCGAGCCGCGGUGUUCCCAAAGGAUGGGAGUUUCCUCGCACAUCCUGCCGUGAGCUGUGGAAGCGAUGGUUCGUCGGAGAUCAGAGAGUUGGGCCAUUUUGUACGUUGUCCCGUCACGACUUUGGCCCGAAAGACGAUGUGUCCCCGAGGCGGCUGGCUGCAGCACGCCUCGUAGUUGACACCCUCAUCGACGUAGCAGACACGUACGAGCUUGCCGGCCGCGGUGUGUCAGUCUUGUCAACGAUGGAAGAAGAUGAGUUGAUGGUCGUUUUCGAUCGGGCGUUUGACGUGCUCAUGUACAACAACCCGGAUGGUAACAUUGCCGGGUACGGCUCCAACCAGAUCCAGCCAGAGUACGCAGAACCGUGUCUCUACUCCACCGUGGCUCGAAUCUUAGCGUUGAGGAAAACGCGCUCGUCCAAGCGCAAACGAAGUGAAUUGUGACGAGAUGUAGUCGCCUUGCGCAACCCACCCCGUUGGCUGCUCCAACAACGUUUGGCCACUGGACCACGUGCACGUCACGGCCAUCUUUCAAGUCCAUCGCCCACGACUUCGUGAUCAGGCGCCUCGAAAUCACGUACACGACAGACGGCAACCUUGGUCGUCACGCAUGGAAGCGAUGGACAGCUAUCCAGCCGACCUAAUUCUCGUGUAUUUCGAGUGACGAAAGCCGGAUCAGCUCCUAUCUUCUUGUCUCCACGGCGGAAGCGACGACAUGAAGUGCGCCGUGCACUCUUGCUCACGUCCGGCUGUCCGGCCGGCACGAGCUAGCUGUCGGCAGCACAUGAUGUUCGAACAAGAAUGCCUAAAUUAGGUAUCUUUGCCAAAUGCUGAACUUAUCCGG